UUAGGAACCUGCGCCUGUGUCCAGAAGAGGAAGCGGUCCAGCAGAUACAUGCCUAGGAGGCUGGGGGGGGGAGGGGGGUGAGGAGAACCCGACAACAAAACUUGUGUUGACGAAGCGGGAGCCUUGAGUUGAAUGGAAGGAGCCAGUGUCCAAGGAGCUCAGCGCAGAACCCCGGGAGAGUCGUAGCAAGCGGGCCGACGCCGCAGAGGCAAUGGUCCCAAGCAGGACGUUCCUGCUGGCGCUCUGGGCAUGGGCCUGGGGGCCCCACGGCGCUCAUGGUCAGACCGAUGAAGAUAACGAAUUUCUGGAGGAUCCCAUCCUUUUUCUGAGGCCGGAGCCGGGGCAGGGGAGCCUUGAUUGCCCCCGAGAAUGUGUGUGCACACAAGAAGGUGUGGUAGACUGUGGGGGCAUUGACCUCCGGGAGUUCCCUGGAGACCUCCCUGAGUAUACCAAUCACCUGUCCUUGCAGAAUAACCAGUUGGAGAAAAUCUACCCUGAUGAGCUUUCACGACUCCACAGGCUAGAGACCCUCAACCUUCAGAAUAACCGGCUGACGUCCCGAGGGCUCCCAGAGGAAGCCUUUAAGCAGCUGACAAACCUGAAUUACCUGUAUCUGGCUAACAAUAAGCUAACUCUGGCUCCAAGGUUCCUGCCGAGUGCCCUGGUCAGUGCUGACUUCGCUGCCAACUUCCUUACCAAGAUCUACGGGCUCACCUUCGGCCAGAAGCCAAAUUUGAGGUCUGUCUACCUUCACAAUAACAAGCUGGCCGAUGCCGGACUCCCAGACAACAUGUUCAACGGCUCCCACAAUGUGGAGGUCCUCAUCAUGUCUAGCAACUUCCUCAAGUAUGUGCCCAAGAACCUGCCCCGGGCCUUGUACAAGCUGCACCUGAAGAAUAACAAGUUGGAGAAGAUCCCACCAGGAGCCUUCAGCGAGCUCACCAGCCUUCGGGAGCUCUACCUACAGAAUAAUUACCUGACCAAUGAAGGCAUGGACAAUGAGACCUUCUGGAAGCUUUCCAGCCUGGAGUACCUCGACUUGUCCAGCAACAACUUGUCUGAGAUCCCUGCAGGGCUGCCGCGUAACAUUGUGCUUCUGCACCUGGAGAAGAACGCCAUCCGGACGGUGGGUCCCGAUGUACUGACCCAGAUCCGCAAUCUGGAGUACCUGCUGCUUCACAGCAACAAGCUUAAGGCCAAAGGAAUCCACCCACUGGCCUUCCAGGGCCUGAAGAAACUUCAUACCGUGCACCUGUACAACAACGUGCUGGAGCGCGUGCCCAGCGGGCUCCCCCGCCGGGUCAAGACCCUCAUGAUCCUACACAACCAGAUCUCCGGGAUCGCCCGCAACGACUUUGCCACCACCUACUUCCUGGAGGACCUCAAUCUCAGCUACAACAAGAUCACGAGCCCCCAGAUCCACCGGGAGGCAUUCCGCAAGCUGCGGCUGCUCAAGUCGCUGGACUUGUCGGGAAACCUCCUGCAGACGCUGCCGCUGGGACUCCCCAAGAACGUGCAGGUGCUCAAGCUGAAGAGCAACUACCUGGAGGCCAUGGCCCGUGGGGCCCUGGCCGGCAUGGCCCAGCUGAGGGAGCUCUACCUCACCAACAACAGGCUGAAGAGCCGGGCAGUGACCCCGCGCACCUGGGCCGACCUCAGCAGCCUCCAGCUGCUCAACAUGGCCGGGAACCAGCUCACAGAGAUCCCAGAGGGGCUGCCCGAGUCCCUGGAGUACCUCUAUCUGCAGAACAACAAGAUUAGCACCGUGUCUGAAAAUGCCUUUGAGUCGACCCCCAAUCUCAAGGGGAUCUUUCUCAGGUUUAACAAGCUGGCUGUGGGCACCGUGAGGGAAAGCACCUUCAAAAGGCUGAUGCACCUGCAGGUGCUGGACAUUGAGGGCAACUUUGAGCUCGGUGAAGGGUCCAAGAACCGUGGGCGCCCAGAAGAGGAGGAAGAGGAAGAGGAGGAGGAAGGCGAGGAAGAGGAGGAAGAAGAUGAAGAGGAAAUGAGAUAGCCACAUGAGCCGGACUAACCCAGGACAGCAGAUGGAAAGUGACGCCUCUCUGUGUCUGCGUAAUUAAACCCCUGUGCUUCCUCCCACCCAGACACGCUGGCAUAGCCCUACACAAACUACUUACCCACAUAGUCAGCAUCUCUCUGUCUGUCUGUCUGUCUCUGUCUCUGUCUGUCUCUGUCUCUGUUUCUCUCUCUGUCUCUAUCUUUGUAU